AUGAGGUUGAAGUCCUACAGCACGGCAGUCCCAGACGGAGUGGCUGCGAUCCCGAUUGGCCGACGCCUUGCUCGCGGACGCGCUGCAAAAAUUCAGAACAAUUGCGUAUCGGUAACAAUCGGAGGACGCACGCAGGAAUUCUACGUAGAGCUGCAGCCGCUGCAGCGGAAGGACGCAGCCAGCAUCGCCUAUGCCCUCUGGUUGGUCGUGGAUGACAUAUUGAGGACUGUUCGGGAAGGCGUCGGGCCAGAUGUCGUCGUGCGCUUGGCCCCUCUGCGGGGCUACGCGGCGUGCAAACUUGCCGCGCUGAAGGCCGAGUUCGAUGGCAAGAAGGGCAAAGUUCUCAAGGCAAAUGCCAGAGACUACGUGGUUGAACUCCUUGAGGGCCCUGCCAAAGGCACAACGCACAAGUACCCGCACAACAUGGUGACACCCGUGCUGAAACCAGCCUCUCGUCAGAAGGCGUUGGACGAUUUGUUUAAAGGGAAGGACACGGCCGUGGAGUGA